AUGGCUCGCCCAGCAUCUUCCACGACCGAUGUCAUCGACUACUUCAUCGCCAUCUUCAUUCCUCCUCUGGCAGUCUUCCUCAAGCGCGGGUGCGGUGCCGAUCUCCUCAUCAACAUCGCCCUGACCAUCUUGGGCUGGAUUCCCGGCUUGAUUCAUGCCUGGUGGAUCAUUAGCAAGCAUGAGCGACCAGCUGUCAGACAUGGCUAA